UUUUUAUGACUUUCUGAGCGAUCACAAUUGAACUGAUGGUCUGAGUAAAGAUUAUGAUGGGCGUGGAGGCCUGUAUUGGAUUUAAAAUUUAAAUUCACUGAAUGAAAGAGACCAAACAAAAGAAUGAGUGACCCAGAAGCUUCCAAGGACCAGGAGAGAAAAGAAGACCAGGUUGACGGUGCAGGAGUCAGUUCAAGCCAAAAGAAGAGUGUGCAAGUCACUGGGAGAGUUGUGAAUGAUGAGCACAGGGCAGUUGAAACAACUGGGACAGGGGGCGCCAGAGAGACCAACACCAGAAACAUCCCAAAACAGACCAUGGAGGAACUCAAGUCCAUUCUUCGGGACAGCGCUGUGUGGGACAGAGAGGAGGGAAGAGCCAGAGGGGCGUACACUUACCUCCACAGUGGUAACAGUAACAGCAGAGGAGGGGAACAUGAACGCAACCUUUUCAGUGAUGACAGAACCAACAAUCCUGGAGAGUUCAGCACCUUUAGACCCCAGCAGGAGGCUUCCAGAAGGGGAGGGCAUGACAGAGACAGUACCCCCAUAGAAUUACUGCCCCAGCCGAGGGUAGAUUCAUCCAGUACAUUCAGGCCUGAGCUACACUCAAACAGAGGAAGAGCAGAGCAAGCACAGUACAGCAGGACAUGCCACAGAGAGCAUCGUCAACACACAGAUCCCAGACUCCUGAGCUUAGAGACAGUUGGAGAACAGCGAUUCGUCUCAUCCAUGGAGAAGAUCAAGCAGCAGAUCGCACGAGAAAACAUCACCUUUGUCCGCUUUGAGGCCACAGACCUCCAUGGAGUGUCCCGCUCCAAGACUGUCCCUGUGCGCUUCUUUCAUGAAAAAGCAGUGUAUGGAGUCCCAAUGCCAAGGAGCUACCUGGAGCUGACCCUGAGCCCAAAGAGCAACGAAGUGGACCAUGGUACCACAGCUAACUUCAGCAGUGACAUUCUGCUCAUACCGGACCUCUCCACAUUUAGGGCAGUACCAUGGGCCGAACAAACCGCCCGUGUCAUCUGUGACCCCUGCACUGUGGCCGGAAACCCCUUACGUACUUCCCCGCGUCUCAUCGCUAAACAGCUCCUGGGACAGCUGCAAAGUAUGGGAUUCUCCCUGCACUCCUCCUUCACCUACGAAUGCUGCGUUUUGGGUGCACCUGAUCGCAUCGGUCCAAAAACUUUACUUUUUCCCGCUACUACUCUCCUUAGCAAUCACGACUUGCCAUUUUUCCAACAGCUAGUGGAUAGUAUGUACUGUAUGGGAGCUGAUAUUGAUAGCAUUGCGUCUGCUAGCGGACCAGGACAAAUGGAGAUCAAUUUGAGACCAGAAUUUGGGAUUUCCGCAGCAGAUAGUGCGUUUACAUUUCGCACCGGUAUCAAAGAAAUGGCACGUAAACAUAGCUAUAUUGCUAGCUUCUUCACUGAUGAUGGUUUGUACAAUGCUGGUGUGCUUUCUCACAGCUUGUGGGAUGCCAACGGGCAAAGUAGCCUCUUUCACAUUGGGGACAAACCGGGGGACCUAUCUGAAAUUGGUCGCAAAUGGUUAGCUGGUUUGCUAACUCACUCUGCGGCAUUGAGUUGUCUUAUGUCGCCCGGUCUUGGCUGCAGAAGUCACAUGGCAAAAACUACCAAAGAUCCCAAGCGCAUGCUGUAUGCUACAUGUGGGUGCAAUGAUAACAGCACUUCCUUCAAUAUUAAAAGUCAUGGAGGAAGAGAAACGCACAUUGACAACAAGCUAGGGUCAGCUAUGGCUAACCCGUACGUUGUGCUAGCCGCUACUGUUGCCGCGGGUUUGGAUGGAAUAAGGAGGAAUAUAAACUUGGAGAGUGGACUGACCAAAGCGCCGGGGCAGCAAAAAGAAUUUGCAAUCCCCAUAAAACUGGAUGAGGCAUUGGAAGCUUUGGCUGAAGACCAGAUGAUCUGCAGUGCAUUGGGAGAGCCAUUUGUUCAGUACUUUAUUGCCAUGAAGAAGUUUGAGAUAGAGACCCAAGAACUUGAUGAUGAGAGAAACAAAUGUCUGGAGUACUUUAUAUAAGACUAUUAGCAUCUGUGUGGACAGUAGUAAGUCCAAUAUUAUGGUAAAACCAUUAUUAAAAGGUUCUGUACCUAACUUUGAACCAUGAUAGAGAAACAUGACAGAAUUUGAACUUUUAGCCCAUUUAACCUCUUCUCAACCUGAUUUUUAAAGAU